AUGUCACGUCAGGCUUCUUAUCAAGAUAGAAGAACGGUAUUGGGGAAAGCUCAUUUGAUAGAGCCAAUUGUCCGUCAUAGAAUUCAUGAAUCGCUUUUUUAUAAACAGUAUCUCCAUCUUACCAAUGAAGCAACGUUAAUGACAGUUGUAGAUCAACAAGUCCAAUAUGUGGGGGGGGCAGAUGGAAUAGGGAAACCUUGUCCAUUCCUUUGUUGUUUAUUACGUAUGUUAGAAUUGGAACCUCUGUCUGAAAUGAUAGACGUGUAUUUGAAUCAGUUGGGUUAUAACCUGUUCAAAUAUCUAACAGCAAUGGCUCUUCUUUAUGUAAGAUUGACUUAUUCUUCAGACAAAGUGUAUACCAUUUUGGAUACGUUCUACACUGAUUUCCGGAAAUUGAGAUUCCUUCUAAAGAUUCCUGUUUACACUGCUACAGGUUCAGCUUGUCAUUAUAAACUCAGUUAUAUCGAUGAACUUGUUGAUGAAUUGAUUUGUAGGGAAAGAGUUUGUGAUAUCAUUCUUCCUCGUAUCACACCACGCCAACGUUUGGUGGAACAAGAUCAAGUUGCACCCCGAAUAUACAACAUCAUUACUAAGGGUGAAAAUCGUUAUUCCAAGAGUGAAGAAUAUGAUAAUGCUAAUGAUAGUGAUGAUAAAUCUGACUUUAUGUCAGACUCUGAUUAA